AUGCCUUCAACCAUGCACGUAUUUGCCAUUCAUGGCCAACAGCCACCUUCAGCUAUUUUACAGUUGCCUACAUUUGAACUUGUUGUACUCAUUCAAGAAGGACCGUUCGACCUUUCCUUGGUCCGUACUUUAGUCGACAUGUAUGAUGCCGAUGAUACUCCUGCUGAGAGGAUGCAGAGUCGUCUGGAAGGAAACCAUAUUUACUACCAGUUUCAGGAGGCUGUCACCGAAAUUGCCUCCCUCUAUAACAGUACUCUCUAUGCACAGCUCCUCCGGUUGCCCACCAUCAGUCCACAGAUUCAUACUCCGCUUCCUGAUCUUCCGUCAACCUCUUUGGCUUCACCGUCAGGCUAUCAGUCACUCCCGCUAGAAUUAAUAAAUCACAUAACCGAUUUCUCCAAUCAAUCCACCCUGAUAUCUCUUCGCCUCUUGGACAAAGCAUUGCAUGCUGUAGCCAGUCAAUAUAGCCAUACACACCUCAAACUGAGUCUUCCCUCCCACUGGCGCACCAUGUAUAUGCCAGCCACAAUUGAACGUAUCUGCCAUGGCGAGGAAAUAGGCAUAGCAACCUUCUCCCGUAUCUGGAAUGUCGGUAACUGGGCAGUCUCUCUGAAUCUCACCAACUGGUCCAUGGCCAAUGUCGCUUUCUUCUUCUCCCUUUUUCCCCACCUCAAGUCCCUCACAAUUCAAGGCCACAACUGCCAGAUUGCCAACAACCCGAUCAUCCUGUUCCCGUUUCUGUGUCCACCUCACAUCCAGCAUUUGAAGGUGCACAAUGUAACCUUCCUAACCACAGGCAAUGAAUCACAUAGCGUCGAGGCUAUGUUAUCCCCUGGCACCCACCUUAGAUCUCUGGAAAUAUCAGGAUUGAUUAAUGGCAAUAUCCCCACCUUUCCAAGAAUGUCUUUGUCACAUAGGGAGGAAUGGCAGAUCUCUUGUCCUCCACCUACCACUCUUCGCUCGAUCACGACUCGUUCUCCUGGUUUCCAUGUCCUUCUGCCACAACUGGGCGUGCCGACUCCCGUGCAAACCUUUCAAGAAGCUGUUUCCCUCGAUAGUUUCAAACAUAUGAUUUCUCAGCUUUUUUCCCUCCCAGAUGCUGAGGACACCUUUGUCCCAUAUCUCGAGCUCACAGAAACUUAUCCUUGUCUUCUUUGUGCACCUCGCCUCACCCGACUUGACAUUGGUUUAACCAAUGACCUCCUUCAUUUGGGCCCUCUCAUCUUUCGUGAAGUUGGCACCACCCUCCGUUUUCUCCAACUACAACUACCAUAUACUUGCCCUGAGGGUUGGUACCCCAUUAGCGGUUACAUGUCCCUCAGGGACUUGCAAGUUCUCAACUCUCUUGCAAUUGUGGGUUCCAUGGGAAACAUCUCUUACGCCCUUCGCACGACGCAAUCCUGGUGGAGUCCCUAUAAGUUCUACCCUACUUCUACCUUCCAGCUCAUCAUCAACAUACCAUCCUGGGAGAUGCGCUUGUUGCAAACCCGCCUUUUACCUGUGAAUGUGCGUACCACCCUCCAGGGUACGACAUACAAUCCUCAAGGUUUCUUUCAUGGGUAUUGUGGCAAUGUCACGAUUUGUCUCAAUGGAACACGACUGGCUGGAGUUAGGCCUCAAGAUCAAGCCCAUGGGGACCAUGUUGUAGCAGUACUUAAGGCCGACCCUAAUCUUUCUGCUGCCAGCUUUACAUGCAUAGUAUCAUCUUUGAACUGA